CGCUCUCUCUCUCUCUCUUCCGCUCUGUUCACUUUCACACCAACAUCGUCGACCUGCAAAGACACCUUUCGAGUCCUUUAGAGAUCGAUCCAUUCAGCUGUCCAGAGAGUGGCACACGCCUCCACAUCAUUUUUGUGGCAGAACUAAAACUAAAUCGUCCGGGUUAUCCGCUCGAUACGGCCGAUUAUUACUCCUCUCCCGCCAGGCCUCGUCCUUGGCUGGGAGCAUCAUCCCAUCUCGUGCAGAUCUUGUUCAUCGUGUGAACACCAUCCGCCCCUCUCCCCCCCACCCCCUCACCAUGUCCAGAUCUGAGUCCAACCACUCCACCUCCACUCCCACCCUACAUGAGCCACAACGGGCUGCUCCCACCGCCAUGCCCUCCAAAUACCCUCCAUCUACAUCUGAACCCGUCGACUCGUACACGAUCAAGAAGAGACCGUGGAGACGCUACGUGACACCUUUCGAAAACAUUCUGAAUCACAAGUACCCUGGCUCUGGUACGGAUGAAGAUCCAUACAUUAUCGAUUGGUUACCGAAUGAUCCUGAAGACCCACAGCGUUGGUCUCAAUCCUACAAGUGGUUCAAUAUCGGUGUAGCGGCUAUCGCGACGCUGGCCGUCGCUUUGUCAAGUUCAGCGUACACUGGUGGUAUUCCUGAUCUCAUACGGCAGUUUCAUGCCAGUGAUGAGCUACUCAUCGCCGGUGUCUCUCUGUUCGUCGUCGGAUUUGCUUUUGGGCCUUUAAUGUGGGCACCCAUGUCAGAAGUAUUUGGCCGUCGAAUCGUCUUUAUUAUCUCCCUCGGUCUCAUGACUGUCUGGCAAGCCGUCACGCCAGCUUCUCCCAAUAUCGCGGCCGUCAUUGUAUUCCGUUUCCUCGCUGGGUUCUUUGGAUCCUCGCCUCUUGCCAACGCCGGAGGCACCAUUUCUGAUGUCCUCGAUGCCAAUCAACGAGGCCUCGGCAUGGCCAUGUUUGCCGCUGCGCCAUUCCUUGGACCCUCCCUCGGACCCAUCACGGGAGGCUUUCUCGGACUGACUUCCGGCUGGAGAUGGGUGAUGGGAUUCCUUGCCAUUUUCACCGGAGUUCUCACAUUGGUCUUGAUCGUGUUGUCAGCAGAGACAUACGCGCCUUUCCUGCUUCGCAACAGAGCGGACACGUUGUCCAAGGCCACUGGAAAGCAAUAUCGAUACCGUGCAGAUGCGAAGCAACCCUUGGUCAUCAAGACCUUGUUCAAGGGAGCGCUACUCAGGCCUUGGAAGUUCUUGAUCUACGAACCCAUCGUCAUGAUUCUCACCAUCUAUACCGCUCUCGUCUACGGCAUUCUCUACCUCAACUUUGCCGCCUACCCGAUCGUCUUCCAAGAAGGUCGAGGCUGGAAUACUGGUAUCGGAGGUCUCGCAUUCUUGGGUAUCCUCGUCGGAACCAUUAUCUCUGUCCUUCUCUCCAUCUUUUACAUCAACCCGCAAUACCUCAAAGUCGCCAAAGCUAAAGGUGGUCGUGCCGACCCUGAGGAUCGACUGCCACCAGCAAUCUGGGGAGGCGUCCUCAUCGUCAUCGGCAUUGCAGGUUUCGCCGCGACUGAUUCACCUAACAUUCAUUGGAUCGCACCUAUCAUGUUUGGAAUUCCAUUCGGAACAGGAGUCAUUGUCAUGUUCCUUGCUGUCCUCAAUUACCUUGUCGAGUCUUACUUAAUUUACGCGGCCAGUGUGCUCGCUGCCAAUUCUGUCCUUCGAUCACUCUUUGGAGCCGCCUUUCCUCUGUUCACCUCAUACAUGUACAAAGCCCUUGGUGUCCAUUGGGCCGCUGCUCUUCCUGGCUUCUUUGCCCUCGCUCUUAUCCCUUUCAUUGCCGUCUUUUACAAGUAUGGAGCCAAGAUUCGUGCAAACUGCAAAUACUCCGCAGAUGCCGAAAGGCAAAUGGCAGCGAUGAUGGCUGCCAGAGCACAGCAAAACAAACAGGACGAGGAGGCCAAUGCGGAAUCCAGUGGAUCGUCUGCUGAGACUGCAACCGGAGGAGGAGAAGCUUCGGUAUCCAAUGAACCUAAAACCCAGUCCGGACAAGUCAACGAGAAAACAUCGUCAUUGUCUGGCGACCCAUCUCACCCCAGCCAUCCCGAACAUCCCGAUCAUCACGAAUGGACCAUCUACGAGAUCUUGGCGGAUAGAGAUGAGAUUGACAUGAGGGAUGACGAGCGAUUAAAGCUCGAGGAGCUGCACGAAAAGUUUGACUAUCAAAAGAAGAAGAACUGAAACGAAUGGAGAGGAAACAUCACACAUACCUUUCAGUCAGAAGCUCGUUGAGCCCAUUACGUCUCUAGAUUUAUAGUGGUUUCCCACUUUGUCGACCUUUACUGUUUUCAAUAUAGAUAACUUGCAUACCUGUAUCGCGCAGACACGGGUGGUUGCUGCUGUGCACCAGGAUACCUCAUGAAGCAGCAGGUUGGGACUAGACCAAUAAGCGAAAAAAGCUGCGAGAAAAUUUGAGGUACCAUCCUUCGUAACGCAGACUUGUCCGGUCAAGGUCGUUCAAACGC